ACACACAUACAGGAAACUGUACCAUUGUGAGCUUUUCAUCUUAAAACAGAACAACUCAUUAAGAAAUCUGCAUGAAAAUGCUGCAAAACCUGACAUUAACUCUCCUCAUCAAUUUAAUCUUCAUGUUCUCCUCUGGAAAAUCUGUAUCUUCAUGCAUCUACACAGCUGUGGGUGAUACAGUUAUUAUUCCAUUUGAAGGUGCAAAAUUACUAGCAGACGAUGAACUGAGAUGGACACAUAAUAAAAAGAGAGUUUAUUUUAAAAAAGACUCACAAGUUAAGCUCAGCGAGAUCAACGUUACCCAACAUGGAUACCUGAUACUGGAGAACGUACAGAAAGACAAAUCUGGGGAGUACAAGGGCAUCGUCUAUAAUGCAGAUGGAACCUUAAUAAAGGAUACUGUACAACAGCUCUGUGUACUGGAGCCAGUGCCUGAACCUACGGUUUUGGUCGAGUGCUUAGAUAAAGGAGUGAAUCUGACUUGUAGUGCAGUGAACAACAGCGAAAUUGUGUCCUGGAUGAAAAAUGGCAUGAAGGCUAAUGUGACACAUGCUGUUUUACAUGUCAGCUCAUCUGAGCUCAAAUCUGGAGAUAACUUCUCAUGCACAGUCAGCCACUUGGGAAGACACAAGUCAGCAAAAGAAGUUAAGCCAGUGUGCUCUGACACAGGUCUACAUACAAUUGCCAAUGAAGACAAAGGAAAAGAAGUGAACAACAACAGUGGAAAUAAGAAUACAAUUGGCUUAGAUUUAUGGUGGAUGCUGGUGAUCCUGACAGGGGGAGGAGGUUUCCUCCUCAUACUCUUCAUCAUCUGCCUAGUCUGUCUCUUCCGCUGCUGCAGACGAAACAAGAGGAAAGCAAAAGAGGAAGAAGAGUACCGGCUUACAUUUCUAAUGCCAGAUCACACAAAUCAGCCUGAUGAGCAGUACAUGCAACAAACCACAUUGCAGAGGCCUUCCAAAAGCCAGCGUCCUCUUCCACCCUUACCCAGCCCCCGAGGUCCUCCUUGUGUUGGAGCCCCAUGAGAGAACAACACUCUUAAAAAUAAAGGUGCUUCACGAUGGCAUAGAAGAACCUUUUUGUCUAAAUGGUUCCAUAAAGAACCUUUAACAUCUGAUUAUAAAAAGGUAAGAAAGAGAUGGUUCUUUAAAGAACCUUUGACUGAAUGGUUCUUUGUGGAACCAAAAAUGUUCUUCUAUGGGAUCGCUUGAAGAACCUUUUGAAGUUCCUUUAUUUUUAAGAGGGAACAUAGACUUCAACAGACAUUGAGACUAAAACCAGGAAACAAAGGGACUACCAAUAAAAACUAGCUGUUGACCUAAUUUGGGUACAUUUACAUUCAAAAAAUGUUGAUUAAUAUACAUUGUCCCUUUUUGGAACUAAAUAAAUAAAUAAACAAUGCUAAAUGUAAUAUUGUAUAUAGAAUUGAUAAUAUAUCUUAAGCUCACCAAUGCUGCACACCAAAAUUUUGUAUUGUUAUUAAAUUAUUAAUAAUUGAUCACCAGCACUAAUUGAUGAUAACUGAGCAGCAAAUCAUCAUAUAAGAUUGAUUUCUGAAGGAUCAUGUGAUACUGAAG